CUGCAAUCAAACGUGGGUGAGUGAGCGAAUUCAGAUUUCGAUUAACGUUACUUGGGACCUAGCUAGCUAUUUAGCAAAAACGGGUCGGACGCUAACGUUAACUUUCUCGGUGGUGAUUCUACAGCUGCAUCAUGCAGCCGGCUGAAGCACAAAAAGGAUUUUCUACCAAAAGCCAGCUGUUUGAUUCUCUGAAGGUGUAUCUGAACAACAAGAACCGACUACAACCCAUUAUUGGCCUGGGCAGUAUUAUAGAAUGUGUGAAGGCAGGUACACACAACAGAGAAGUAUUGUACCUGUGUGAGGUCUGUGUGUGUCGCCUUAGUAAAGCUGACAUGCGGAACCACAUUAUGGGAAGUCUCCACAGAUACAACUACAUUAAAGCCUGGCACCCCCACUUAGUGUCUGAAUGGAAGGAGAAAUCUGACCUGUCCAAGCUGGCCUGGCCACUGAUGGAGAUGGCCAAGGCACUUGAGGAAAGAGAGGGACCUGGAGAUGUCCAGUGGUUAGAGUUUGAAGACGCUUUAUACCAGAAGAUGGCAACACACAGUGAGAAUGACGCAGUAACUCUGAUAACUAUCUUAAGAGAUGGGCAGGGCCAGGGUAACCCUGAGACCACAUCUGUGCAGCUGGAGCACUAUCCCACCCAAUCGCAGAGGAUUGUACUGGUUUCCAAGAACCAACAAAGACCGUCCGAGAAAUCCCUUGAGACCUCAGCAGAGACAAACCAAACUGUAGCUUUUAUCAAAUCAGAAGACUUGUUAAAGAACCCAUCUCCUGAGCCCUCUGUGCUAUCAGAGAACGGCAACACCUUUCUCGAUGGCUACACGGGAAACAAGCCUCUUAUUGGUCUUUUCCGCGUGGUUGAAUGUAGAAGUGACGAUGGCCAGACACACUGUUUCCUAUGUCACUGCUGCCGCAUCAGAUCCAACAAAAAGGACAUCAUUGAUCACCUAACCACAUCUUCCCAUCUCAUAAACUACUUGAUGGAAGCUUAUCCUGAGCAGGUGGAGGUAAUAAUGGCAGAUAUUAAUGAAAACUAUCAGCUUCUCCAAUCACUGGCCAAGAAAGUGGAGCAAGAAGAGGGCAGAGGAGAGCCAAAGGUGAUAAACGCACCAGAAUCCCUCUGUAACCUAAUGACUGGCAAAAGUUACCACUGGUGUAUAAAGAUGCUGUGUGAUGGAAGGACACAUACUAACACCCAAAAGCAGAAAAUAGCUGUCAAAGGGCUAAGUGUAAACAAUACUUCAAAUCGAGCCAGGACAGAGAAAUGUGCCGUGUUGCUGUCACAGUUGGCAAAAAGGAUGACCGCAAAGAGGAAAAUGAAGGAAGUGGAUAAUACGGUGUUCAAGGUAAGCCUGCCUUUGACCAAAGGUUCACUGCUGCUGGAGAGGACCUCUUUCAGCAUGGACCGCCUCCCGGUGUCAUCUGCAUACUCCCCUUCAUCCGACUCAGAUCUCAUUCCCUCGCCAGAGUCCCAGUCAGAGGACUGUGAGUUGGACUAUAACACUGGAUCAUUCGCAAGUAACCACGCUGAACACACCUCACAACUUCAGCAAGACCUCUGUAGUGGAGAUGCAGACGCUGGUCAAUACAAGGGACCAGAAAGAAACGUCCCAAUCACUCGGUGUCAAGAGGUGGAUGGUUAUUUCAAUGACGAUGAAUACUUCAACCAGUCAGAAGACAUAACUGGAACAAAAUACCAAAAGGUUUAUGGGGACGAUAAUUACAACAGACAACACAGUUCUCAAGAAAGAUCAAGUAAUAGGUUUUACAAAGAAUGGCAAAAUGAAGGCCCUCAGACACAAAACGAGUGGCUGUCACCUACUUUGUCCCACACUCAGGACUGGCCAGCUUAUAACUCUUCCUACGGACACGAGGCAGGUUUCACUGAGCAGUGGUACAAUUCAACUUCACAGAGUAAAGUUGGCACAAGAGCGUCAAGAGAAGAGCGACAGAACGAGAUGAGCAUAGAUGCCACUCAACGUUAUUACCAACGACAACCACAAAAUCAGUACAUGGCGUGUGUUCAGACAGGCAGUGUGGGACAGCAUGGUUUGUCUGAUGAAUUGGCGGCGCAGUCAGAUGCUGCUAGGAUCGGCAUGCAUCCUCACUUAGGAGAUCCCCUUGCUCACAGUGGCAGCACUGCACCAGAGCCUGGAGUAUGGUUUCCUGAGAUUGAACAGAGACCGUUACAAACACAUAUGGAGUUCGCCAUUGGUCAUGUCCACACAGCUCAACAAAGUUAUAUGACACAAUUUAAGACCCAACAAGCCACCCAGGUAGGCCAUGGGGUGAUGUCUAACCCCAACUACAAUAUUGGACCUAGGACAAACUCUGACCAGCACUUUCAUCAUCCGUUCAGUGUGGGCGGGGGUAUGUCCCAGUCAAAUGUUUUCAUCCCACCUUGGCAAGCUCAGUGUUAUAAAUCCCAUUCGGAUUAUGAUUUCAGAGCUGCUGGUUUGUCAGAUUUAACGAUUUCAGGAAGUUCAAAUGGAACAACUCCAUUUAUGUCUGCAUAUCCCAAUUUGAAUUCUGGAUAUAUUGCCACACCUCACUGAGACCACAUUUUUUUCCAUGGUUUGGUGUCCCCAUUUAAUGAAAUCCCACGCAGAUGGUCCAGCCUGGAUUCUUAUCGUGCCGUGGUAUUUUUGAUGUUCUUUUAAAAUAAAUGCAUCGGGUCUCUGCCAGAAAUGGGAAUCUCCUAAUUGAGGGAUGUUUUGCCUGUAGUGAUAAAACUUUCAUAACAUCGGUUUGU